UGCAAGCGUGGCCCAGGCGGGGUGCGAGUGGCGCAGUCGGAGCCCGCUGCGGCCCCAGAGGUAGCGAGGAGGCGUCCGCGUCGACUGAGGCGGGCGGACUGACGCGGCGAGGCGGUGGCUCCAGGCCCCGAAGGAGUCUGGAGCCCGAGCAGCAGCUGCAGCGGGACCUCUCCCCCUCGGAGGCGGCGGGUGGAGGCGGCGGCGGCGGGAGCGGUGGUGCCCCCCCGGGCACAGGGCCAUGUACAACGGGAUCGGGCUGCCGACGCCCCGGGGCAGCGGCACCAACGGCUACGUCCAGCGCAACCUGUCCCUGGUGCGGGGCCGCCGGGGUGAGCGGCCAGACUACAAGGGAGAGGAGGAACUGCGGCGCCUGGAGGCUGCCCUGGUGAAGCGGCCUAAUCCUGACAUCCUGGACCACGAGCGCAAGCGGCGCGUGGAGCUGCGAUGCCUGGAGCUGGAGGAGAUGAUGGAAGAGCAGGGGUACGAGGAACAGCAAAUUCAGGAGAAAGUGGCUACCUUUCGACUCAUGUUGUUGGAGAAGGAUGUGAACCCUGGGGGCAAGGAGGAGACCCCUGGGCAGAGGCCAGCGGUAACUGAGACACAUCAGUUGGCAGAAUUGAAUGAGAAGAAGAAUGAGCGACUCCGUGCUGCCUUUGGCAUCAGUGAUUCCUAUGUGGAUGGCAGUUCUUUUGAUCCUCAGCGUCGUGCUCGAGAGGCUAAACAACCAGCCCCUGAGCCUCCAAAGCCUUACAGCCUUGUACGGGAGACCAGUAGUUCUCGUUCACCAACUCCAAAGCAAAAGAAGAAGAAAAAGAAGAAAGAUAGAGGACGUAGGUCAGAGAGCAGCUCUCCUCGUCGUGAGAGAAAGAAGAGCUCUAAGAAGAAGAAGCACAGGUCAGAAUCUGAGUCGAAGAAACGGAAGCACAGGUCUCCCACUCCAAAGAGCAAACGUAAAUCUAAGGACAAGAAGCGGAAGCGGUCUCGAAGUACAACACCAGCUCCUAAAAGCCGUCGGGCCCACCGUUCAACCUCUGCUGAUUCUGCGUCGUCCUCUGAUACUUCUCGAAGUCGGUCUCGAAGUGCUGCAGCUAAAACCCAUACAUCUGCUUUGUCUGGGCAAAGUCCUUCCCCUGCUUCAGGGCGUAGAGGGGAGGGAGAUGCACCUUCUAGUGAACCAGGUACCACCAACAUACAACAGCGGCCUAGCAGCCCAGAGCCCUCUACGAAGCAGCCUGCCAGUCCUUAUGAAGACAAAGAUAAGAAGGAGAAAUCUGCAGUUCGACCUAGCCCCUCUCCGGAAAGGAGCAGCAUGGGUCCAGAACCGCUUGCUCCCCCUCCGCUCCUUGCUGAGCAACAUGGUGGCUCCCCACAACCCUUUGCAACAGCCCCAUUAUGUCAGGAUCCAGUGAAUCCCCCUUCUGAAGCCUCCCCAACCCGGGGCCGUUCGCCAAUUAAAUCUCCUGAGAAACCUCCCCAAUCAUCUUCCUCAGAAAGCUGCCCACCAUCCCCUCAGCCUACCAAAGUUUCUCGGCAUGCCAGCUCCUCCCCUGAAAGUCCUAAGCCAACACCAGUUCCUUCAGCAGCCCGACGAGAGAUGUCAUCUUCUCCCACAUCCAAGAAUCGUUCACAUGGCCGAGCAAAGAGGGAUAAAUCUCAUUCCCAUACCCCUUCCCGAAGAAUGGGAAGGUCCCGUAGUCCUGCAACUACUAAGCGGGGGCGAUCUCGGUCUCGAACUCCUAAGAGAGGCCACUCUCGGUCUAGGUCUCCUCAGUGGCGUAGGUCACGCUCUGCCCAGAGGUGGGGGAGAUCUAGAAGUCCCCAGCGGCGUGGCCGAUCUCGGUCACCUCAGCGUCCCGGCUGGUCCAGGAGCAGAAAUACCCAGAGAAGAGGCAGAUCUAGGUCAGGAAGGAGAGGCAGGUCACAUUCUAGAUCCCCAGCCACGAGGGGCAGAUCUCGUUCUAGAACACCAGUCAGGCGAGGUAGGUCCCGCUCUAGAACACCUGCCAGGCGGAGAUCCCGGUCCAGAACACCUCCCCGGCGUAGGUCUCGGUCAAGAACGCCAGCCCGGAGGGGAAGAUCUCGGUCGAGAACACCUGCUAGGCGCAGAUCUAGGACCCGAUCACCAAUACGACGAAGAUCUCGUAGUCGAUCACCAGCCAGGAGAAGUGGUAGGUCGCGUUCCAGAACCCCGGCCAGACGUGGCCGAUCGCGCUCCAGAACCCCGGCCAGACGUGGCCGGUCGCGCUCUAGAACUCCAGCUAGACGUGGCCGGUCACGGUCUAGAACACCAGCCCGGAGAGGAAGAUCUCGGUCUAGAACACCAGCAAGACGAAGGUCCCGUAGUAGAAGUCUGGGUAGGCGUGGAAGAUCACAUUCUAGAUCACCACAAAGAAGAGGCAGGUCUGGCUCAUCAUCAGAGCGGAAAAACAAAUCCAGAUCAUCUCAAAGAAGAAGCAGGUCCCACUCAAGCCCAGAAAUGAAAAAAUCCCGUGUUUCCUCAAGGCGGAGCAGAUCUCUCUCUUCAUCACGAUCCAAGCCAAAAUCUCGCUUAUCUCUGAGGCGAAGCCUUUCAAGGUCUUCUCCUUGUCCUAAACAGAAGUCUCAAACACCACCUAGGCGCAGUCGUUCUGGAUCAUCCCAACCUAAAGCUAGAUCCAGAACACCACAGCGAAGUCACUCUGGUUCUUCACCACCUGAACAGAAGUCUGAAACACCAUCCAGACAAGCACGUUCCAGUUUAUCUCCUCACCCUAAAAUGAUGUCUGGAACGCCACCAAGGCAGGAAUCUGUAACCAGUUCCCAGGCAAACGAACAGUCUGCAGUGACACCCAGGCAGAGCCAUUGUGAAUCAUCACCUGACCCUGAGAUGAAAUCUGGAACCCCUUCAAGAUAUAGCUGCUCUGAGUCCUCUCCUCAAGUGAAAUCUAGGACACCUCCAGGACAUAGCCCAUCUAGAUUGUCAUCUCCACAACCUAGAGUAAAGACAGUGUCACCAAGACACAGGAGCCAUUCUGGCUCCUCUUCUCCAAGUCCUAGUAGGGUGACUUGUGGAACACCUCCACGGCAAAGCAGGUCAGUAUCUCCCUGCUCCAAGGUGGAAUCUAGAUUGUUGCCAAGACAGAGCCAUUCUAGAUCCUCUUCACCAGAUACCAAAGUAAAGCCUGGAACACCACCAAGACAAAGUCACUCAGGGUCUACAUCGCCAUACCCCAAAGUAAAGUCUCAAACUCCACCAGGACGAAGUCUCUCUGGAUCAAAGUCACCAUGUCCCCAAGGGAACUCUGAGGACUUGUCAACACAGAGUGGCUCUGAAUCUUUCUCUCUCUGUCCUGGAGUAACAUCUUGUAUACUGCCAGGGGAGAGCUAUUUUGGCACCUCAUCUCUGCAACAGAAAGGAGAAUGUCAGACUUCACCAGAACACAGGUCUGAUACUUCAAGUCCAGAAGUGAGACCGGGUCACUUGGACACUCUAUCUUUGCAGAGCAAAUCUCAAACAUCUCCUAAGAGUGGCCGGUCUAGGUCUUCAUCUCCAGUCACUGACAUAAUGCUCAGAUCUCCAGUGAGACAAGAUAGAAAUGACUUAUCAACAGGUCCAAGGCUGAAAUCAGGUAUGUCUCCUGAGCAGAGAUCUCAGUCUGACUCUUCCCUGUAUACUCCAGUGGACUCUAAAUCUCUUUUGGGACAGAGCAGAUUGGAACCUUCGCCUGAAAUGAAGGAGAAGAUAACCCUUCAGGAGACUGUUACUGGGCAUUCUCCUAGACCUAGAGACAGAUUAAGUCCUGUGCAGGAUAGGCCAGAGUUCUCACCAGUCCUGAAAGACAUGCCUAGACCGCAAUCAAGAGAAAGAAGUAUUGCGGGAUCUCCAGAUACAAGAGACCAAAAUACUACAUUAUCUAAGUUAAGUCAAGACGAGGAAUUAAUGGAGGUGGUAGAGAAAUCUGAACAGCCUUCGAAUCAGGUUCUGCCCCAAAUGUCUCCAGAACUUAAAGAAGUUGCCUGCAUUAAUUUUGAAUCUCAGUCUCCUGAAAUAGAACAAAGGUCUGUUGUGUCAUUGGCUUUUGACCAAAGUGGGUCACAGGCUUUGGAAGCAGAAGUCCCUGCAGUGGCCUCGUGUUGGAGUGGACCCCACUUUUCUCCAGAACAUAAGGAACUGUCUCACUCCCCUCCCGGGGAGAAUAGCUUUGAGUCACCUUUAGAAUUUAGAAAUUCAGGCCCUGAUACAGAAAUGAAUACUGGAUUUUCUCCCGAGGUUAAGGAAGAUUUAAAUGGACCUUUCUUGAGUCAGUUGGAGACAGACCCAUCUUUAGACAUGAAAGAACAGUCAACCAGGCCCUCAAGACGCAGCAGUUCUGAGUUCUCCCCAGAUGGAGUGGAGAAGGCAGCGAUGUCUUCAAAUCAGAGUGUCUCUUCACCUGUACUCGGGGCUGUACCUAGAACGCCUUCUAGAGAAAGAAGUAGUUCUGUGUCUUCUCCUGAACUGAAAGAUGGUUUGCCGAGAACUCCUUCAAGGAGAAGCAGGUCUGGGUCUUCUCCAGGACUUAGAGAUGGGUCUGGGACUCCCUCUAGGCAUAGUCUAUCGGGGUCCUCUCCUGGGAUGAAGGACGUACCUAGAACCCCAUCCAGGGGGCAGAGCGAAUGUGAUUCUUCACCUGAACCAAAAGUGUUGCCUGAAACGCCUAGGGCAAGAAGUCAUUCUCCAUCAUCCCCAGAGCUCAACAAGGGUCUCACCCCUCAGAGAGAGAGAAGUGGAUCUGAAUCAUCAGUUGAACAGAAGCCUGUGACUAGGACCCCCCGUGGGCAUGGAAGUCCAUCUGGAUCUUCUCAGGAACCUGAUGGGAAACUUGGCACAUCCCCUCAGGAGAGAACUGAGUCAGACUCUUCCCCUGAUUCUAAAGCCAAGAUGCGAAGUCCACUUAGACAGAGGAGUCGCUCUGGAUCAUCACCAGAGCUUGACAGCAAAUCUCGACCCUCUCCUCGGCGUAGUAGAUCUGGCUCAUCCCCUGAAGCAAAAGACAAACCAAGAUUGGUGCCCAGGGCCCAGAGUGGUUCUGAUUCCUCUCCUGAGCCUAAAGUACCUGCCCCCAGGGCCCUGCCCAGACGCAGCAGAUCAGGUUCAUCAAGCAAAGGCAGAGGUCCUUCUCCUGAAGGAAGCAGUAGUUCUGAUUCUUCUCCAGAACACGCACCCAAACCCAGAGCCACUCGAAGAGGCUCCAGGUCCUCACCAGAGCCUAAGACCAAGUCUCGCACACCACCUCGACGGCGCAGCUCUCGAUCAUCUCCUGAAGUAACUAGGAAGGCCAGAGUGUCUCGAAGAAGCCGCUCAGCUUCAUCAUCACCAGAAACUCGAUCCAGAACUCCUCCAAGACGCCGAAGAAGUCCCUCAGUGUCUUCCCCAGAGCCAGUUGAAAAGUCAAGGUCUUCACGUAGGCGACGUUCAGCUUCAUCUCCACGCACUAAGACAGUUUCAAGGAGAGGCCGGUCUCCUUCACCAAAACCACGUGGGCUCCAGAGGUCUCGGUCUCGCUCACGCAGAGAGAAAACAAGAACAACGCGACGUCGAGAUAGGUCUGGAUCCUCACAGUCAACCUCUCGGAGAAGACAGAGGAGUCGGUCUAGGUCUCGGGUAACUCGUAGGCGGAGGGGAGGCUCUGGUUACCAUUCAAGGUCUCCUACUCGGCAGGAGAGUUCCCGAACCUCUUCUCGACGCCGAAGAGGCCGUUCCCGGACACCACCAACCAGCCGGAAGCGUUCAAGGUCACGCACAUCACCAGCUCCGUGGAAACGCUCUCGGUCUCGAGCCUCACCAGCUACUCACCGGCGAUCCAGGUCCAGAACACCCCUGAUCAGCCGGCGCCGGUCCAGGUCUCGGACAUCACCUGUGAGUCGAAGGCGGUCACGGUCUAGGACAUCAGUGAAUCGACGAAGAUCUCGAUCAAGAGCAUCCCCAGUGAGUCGAAGGCGAUCCAGAUCCAGAACACCACCGGUAACGCGUCGCCGCUCAAGGUCCAGAACACCAGCACGUCGUCGCUCCCGUUCUAGAACGCCUCCAGUGACUCGGAGGCGGUCCAGAUCUAGGACUCCCCCAGUAACUAGAAGACGAUCUCGAAGCAGAACUUCACCCAUUACUCGGAGAAGGUCAAGGUCCAGAACAUCCCCAGUCACUCGGAGAAGAUCUCGAUCUCGUACAUCUCCAAUCACUCGCAGGAGGUCCCGCUCUCGAACCUCUCCUGUAACACGCCGCCGCUCUAGGUCUCGAACACCUCCAGCGAUUCGGCGACGCUCAAGGUCUCGAACACCCCUGUUGCCACGCAAACGUUCUCGAAGUCGCUCACCGCUUGCUAUCCGCCGCCGUUCGAGAUCUCGUACUCCACGAGCAGCCCGGGGCAAACGCUCUUUAACAAGAUCCCCUCCAGCAAUCCGUAGACGAUCUGCAUCCGGCAGUAGUUCUGACCGUUCACGCUCUGCUACUCCUCCAGCAACAAGAAAUCAUUCUGGAUCCCGGACACCUCCAGUAGCACUGAGUAGCUCCAGAAUGAGUUGCUUCAGUCGUCCUAGCAUGUCACCAACUCCUCUGGACCGGUGUAGAUCGCCUGGAUUGCUUGAACCACUGGGCAGUGCCAGAACACCCAUGUCUGUCCUGCAGCAAGCCGGCGGCUCCAUGAUGGAUGGUCCAGGUCCACGACUUCCUGAUCAUCCAAGAACAUCAGUGCCAGAAAAUCACGCUCAGUCUAGAAUUGCACUUGCUCUGACGGCCAUCAGUCUUGGCACUGCCCGGCCACCUCCGUCCAUGUCUGCAGCCGGCCUAGCUGCAAGAAUGUCUCAGGUUCCAGCUCCAGUGCCUCUCAUGAGCCUCAGAACAGCCCCAGCCGCCAACCUCGCCAGUAGGAUUCCUACAGCCUCUGCAGCAGCUAUGAACCUUGCUGGUGCCCGAACACCUGCCAUUCCAACUGCAGUCAACUUGGCUGAUUCGAGAGCACCAACUGCUGCAGCCGCAGCCAUGAACUUGGCCAGCCCCAGAACAGCAGUGGCACCUUCAGCUGUGAACCUUGCUGACCCUCGAACCCCCACAGCCACAGCUGUGAACCUAGCAGGUGCCAGAACCCCCGCUGCCCUGGCAGCUUUGAGUCUUACGGGUUCUGGCACACCUCCAGCUGGUGCGAGCUAUCCCUCGAGCUCCCGAACACCCCAGGCUCCAGCCCCAGCAAACAUGGUGGGUCCUCGGUCUGCCCAUGCUACAGCUCCUGUGAAUAUUGCCAGCUCUAGGACCCCUACUGCCUUGGCCUCUACAAGUCUCACCAGUGCUAGGAUGGCUCCAGCAUUGUCUGGUGCUAACCUCACUAGUCCCAGGGUGCCCCUGUCCGGUUACGAGCGUGUCAGUGGCAGAACCUCACCCCCCUUGCUUGACCGAGCCAGGUCCAGAACACCACCAGCUGCCCCGAGUCAGUCUAGAAUGACCUCUGAGCGGGCUCCUUCCCCGGCCUCAAGAAUGGUCCAGACUCCUUCCCAGUCUCUUCUCCCUCCAGCACAGGAUCGACCUAGGUCUCCUGUGCCAUCGGCUAUGACAGACCAAUCUCGUUCUGUUGCCCAGCCCACUCCUGUAGCAGGGUCUCAGUCCCUGUCCUCUGGGGCAAUGACAAAGACCGCAUCCUCUGCUAGUGACCACAAUGGCCUGCUCUCUGGCCCUGCUUCUGAGAUGUCCCACCCCGAGGGUGGGGAGCCACUUCCCUCUACUGGGGCCCUGCAGCCCCCAAAGGAACGGCGGAGCAGCUCAUCGUCAUCGUCAUCGUCUUCUAGCUCCUCCUCUUCCUCCUCCUCUUCCUCCUCCUCCUCCUCUUCCUCUGGCUCCAGUUCUAGUGACUCGGAGGGUUCUAGCCUUCCUGCCCAACCUGAGGUGGCACUGAAAAGGGUCCCCAGCCCCACCCCAGCCCCCAAGGAGACCGUUCGCGAGGGACGUCCUCAGGAGCCAGUCCCAGCCAAAAGGAAGAGGCGCUCUAGCAGCUCCAGCUCCAGUUCUUCCUCCUCUUCCUCCUCUUCCUCCUCUUCCUCCUCCUCCUCCUCUUCCUCCUCCUCUUCCUCCUCUUCUUCCUCCUCUUCCUCCUCUUCUUCCUCUCCCCCCUCUCCUGCUAAGCCUGGUCCUCAGGCCUUACCCAAACCUGCAAGUCCCAAGAAGCCACCCCCUGGCGAGCGGAGGGCUCUGGUCUGGCCACCGUCAUCUUCUCCCGACUCUGUCCACAGCCUCCUCCCUGUCUCCCUGCCUCCACGCCAUUCUCUUCCACUCGUAGCCAGAGGGAUCUUUCUAAAACGCACAUCUGGCUACUUCCCUCCACUCCACAAAUCCUUCCGGGACGCCCUGUGGCCUGCAGGAUAAAGCCCCACCUCUGCGGGAAUGGCGUGUGAGGCUCUUCACCAGCUACCCUUGCCCGCCCCAUGCUCUUGUCCACCCUGUGUUCCUCCUGCCUACCCCCACACAUGCCCUGUGAUCCGGCCAUGCCCGCGCCUUGCAGUCUAGGAGAGCCCCAUGCCUUUGGACAUGCUGUUCCUUCUGCCUGGGAUUUCCUUGUCCGCCUGGCGAGCUCCUCGUUCUGCAAGACUCCACUCAAACAGCACCUCCGAGAAGACUGCCUUGCCCUUUCCCUGCCCCACCCCAGCCCAGGCUCCCCUCCCUGGGGCCCCCAGACCCAUGCACAUCCAUUCCUGCGGGGCUGCUUCCCACACAUGGGGACUGGGCCUGUGUGCCUCCUUUGCUGGCCUCCUCCACUACCAGACUGAGCACCUUCAAGGGCAGGGACUGUCUUUUAUCUUUGCGUCCCCCCGCUGCACCCUGUGCCCUGCCCACUGGGGCACUCGGUGGAUGGUGUGCGGGCGGAUGGGUGAGUGCGGAUAAAGGUGGGUCUGAGGCUGGCCCUGCGUGGUGUGAGGUUUGGUGGUCAGGACCUGGGCGGGUGGUCCUGAGUGCUAGCUGGUGGGUUUGGAAGGAUGUGGUGCUAUAGAGUCCCGCUCUGCUCCUCAGGUCUCGGAGUCCCAGGAAGCCAAUAGACUCCCUUCGGGACUCUCGGUCCCUCAGCUAUUCUCCUGUGGAGCGCCACUGUCCCUCACCCCAGCCU